UUACUGAGUCCGGGAGUAACUACACUACUUCGUAGUGUGAAUGGAGACGUGGUUUGCGAUGAUGUAAUAACACGCACUUGCUUUAAAUAGAGUGCAACUCGUUUUGCUUAUAACGUCAAAAAAUUUAUGACGUCGCUCUAAUUGUCGCAGUGACGUAAAGUUAAAAAUAUACAUGUAUACUUGUGUCGCGAUCAGAAGGUUAGAAAAUAUUCAACAUAUCAUCGCAUCUGCUUUGAUGCUCCAUGAAAAAUUAUAUUAUGUGAUACAGCCUAUGAACGAAUAUCAUGAUAAAAGUAGUGUAAAUCGUGUGUACAUCUCCGGAGUUCGCAGUUAACCUUUGACCCCAUUUCCAUCGUGUGAUGAAUCAGAGUGAAAAUCAAUAAGCCUGGUGUGACUGCUCUGCGAGUGAAAUCGAAGUCGAGUUAGAAAGGAAUAUAUAUAUAUUUGAAAAAGGCAGAGACAAUGUCGUCUGGUCGGAGUCGGAACGUCAUGACAAAAGCGGAACAAUCCAAUAGACAGGAUGUCCUCGCUCAUGGAUUCCAUGGAUAUAAAGAAGGGUAUGAGCAGCUGGAGAAAAUAGGUUUGAUGAAGCGGGUCAAAAAUUUAUGGCAGAUGACGAUUGUCCCGCUAUUUCUAAUGCUCUUCACACCCAACCUCGUUCUCAUCAUGUGGUAUUGUGCUGCUCACUGUGGAGGGAGCUAUUCGGUUUUUCUUGCUCGAUUUUCAGGAAAGCCGUUCUUCGCAUCCUUUAUGGAACUCUGGGGCAGCAUGCGACCUCCGAGUCAACUAAGUUUUGCUGUGCUUAUGGGAUUCUGCGUAUGGUCUAUCAUCAUGAUGAAGAUGUUGCCGGGUAAAAUAAUCAAAGGCCCCUUGACUCCGAAAGGAAAUACGCCGGAAUAUGUUGAUAAUGGUUUCUUGAAUUACAUUGUUACCAUGACAACGUUUUUUAUCAUUACCGGUCUGUUGAAAAUGCAAGGGCUUACGCCAACUGUGAUAUACGAUCGAUUUGAUGAGUUUUUAGCCACACUUCAAAUCUUCAGCCCGCUAUUCUGUCUUUUCUUGUAUCUGAAGGGGCGAUUCUGGCCUUCUACUACGGAUAGUGGAGUGUCAGGCAACUUCAUAUUCGACUUCUACUGGGGAACAGAACUGUAUCCAAGAGUGUUUGGAAUUGAUGUAAAGGUUUUCACCAAUUGUCGCUUUGGAAUGACUGUUUGGGCAUUACUAGUGUGUAUACACGCUUUAAAAAGUUUUGAGCUGUACGGUUUCGUUGACAGUAUGUUUGUAUCAAUCACACUGCAGUUGAUCUACAUCACAAAGUUCUUUUGGUGGGAAGGAGGGUACAUGAGCACCAUUGAUAUAAUGGUCGACAGAGCAGGCUACUAUAUUUGUUGGGGCUGUCUCGUUUUUGUACCAAAUUUUUACGCGUCCGUAAGCAUGUAUCUUGUGCGUCAUCCCGUGCAUUUAGGACUCUCUUGGUCUUUGCUCAUCCUCGGGACAGGGGUCCUCUGUAUAGUAGUCAAUUACCUAGCCGACUUGCAGAAACAAGAGGUGAGAGGAACAGGUGGAAAAUGCCUAGUUUGGGGAAAGAAGCCAAGUAUCAUCCGCGCCAAAUAUCAACUCGAAGACGGCAAUGAGAAAGAGAGUAUCCUUUUAGCAUCUGGCUGGUGGGGUUUAGCAAGGCAUUUCAAUUACUUGGCAGAAAUAAUGCUUGCUCUCUGUUGGACCAUUCCAGCAAUGUUUGUAAAUAUUAUGCCUUACUCUUACGUCAUAUUUCUCACGUUCUUGCUGAUCCAUCGCAGUUAUCGUGACGACGACAAAUGCGGGGACAAAUAUGGAAGUUUUUGGGUAGAGUACUGCCAGAGGGUUCCACACAGAAUCGUCCCCCUUCUGUUUUGAUGAUAAGUGUUUUAGAAUUUCCCAUUGCAUGCCAAAAUUUGCAUAAUAUGAAAAGAAAAACGUAAUAGAUACUUGUAGUACAAGUUUAGAUAAGUUCUUGUGUCGUAAAUGUACACUGCUUUUGUAAAUGCAUGUGUUUAUUUGGCAUACUUUUAUAUUUACAUGCUUUGUUUUUACUGAAUUAAAAGCGUAAUACAAGUUC